CAAAGACCGUUAGUUAAAAACAUAGAAAGAGGAAAAACUAAACAAGAAACAAAGAUUCCAGCAAGAACCUGCCUUAUCAUAAAUCCGAUAACCAGAACCCACCUCUCUUCUUUUCUUCUCCUUCUCAUCAACCAAAUUCCUCGCCACCUAUAACGUCCUUAAGCUCCUUCCAAGAAACAAAAAAGAAAAAUAAAAAGAUUCUUUCACAAUUCAUUCAUAUCUAUCUAUCAAUCUUUCUUUCUUCCUACAGCAAGAAGGAAGGAUCUUGUACUGAAUAUUAGAGAUAAUGGAGGAGAUGGCUGGUGCUGCAUCUGGUUUAUCUAUUCACAGCACUGAUUCUUCUUCUUCUGGGUCAUUCAUAUUUGCCAAUUAUCCUCUCAUUGCUGCUCUUGUUGCUUUCGCUAUUGCCCAAACUACCAAGCUCUUCACUUUCUGGUAUGAGCAAAGGCGAUGGGAUUUCAAGCAACUUGUUGGGUCUGGUGGAAUGCCAUCAUCCCAUUCUGCCACUGUUGCUGCACUUGCCAUGGCUAUUGGAUUCCAGGAAGGCUUUGGCGGAUCAUUGUUUGCAACUGCAUUAAUCUUUGCAUGUGUUGUUAUGUAUGAUGCAACUGGUGUAAGACUACAGGCUGGGCGUCAAGCAGAGGUCUUGAAUCAAAUUGUAUAUGAGCUUCCUGCUGAACAUCCUCUGGCAGAAAGCAGACCUCUACGUGAACUUCUUGGCCACACUCCUCCUCAGGUUAUUGCUGGUGGCUUGCUUGGGAUUGUGACAGCUAUUGUUGGCCAUUUAAUCACAAUGACAAGUACUCAAAGUUGAUGCAAAAGGAAAUCAUAGUCUUCUUGCAGCAGAUCUGAUGGUUGAUUCUGAUCACACUAUAGAAUUGCAACUUGCAGACUUUGUGACCAAAAGUGCUUCUUAAAAGCUUGGACUGAUGAAUUUGUGCUGUCUCUAACUAAGCACCAUCUUCCAUUAAAACUCACUUCAUGUUCAUUUCUAAUGGUAAAUGGUAACAUUUUAGCAAUGCAAUUUGAUUUGUUACAGUAUAUGCUGUAAUGUCACAUUACAUAUGCUAAAGUUGAAUAGUAUAGAAUUCUUACAAAAUGCAAUGAAAAUUACAGGAAAUUAGGCUAA